AUGAGCAACAAACCAGCAUCUGAGGAUGUACGCUUGCAGCUUAAGUUCGAGCGCCUCUUCUCCCACGCCAGGGGGGGACUACUGGCAGAUGCUGUUGGCUAUGGCAAGACUGCAUCAGUCCUCGCCCUUGUUGCGCUCUCGCGGCCCGCGUCCCCGGCAGCACCGCCGACAGGUCAAGCAAAUCGCAUCGGCUCUCGCGCGACACUGGUCCUGGUUCCGGCAAACUUGUUUGAGCAAUGGCAGAAGGAGAUCAACAAGUUCUUGAGCGAAGACACCAAGACUGUUUCGAUAGCCACGAUCGCGGACCUGCGGAAGGCGACCAUUGGACAGCUGCAAUCGGCGGACAUCGUGCUUGUGAGUUGCCGUCUUCUGGUAUCGAAAAAAUAUCAGGAGCAUCUGGAUGCCCUUGCUGGCCUGCCGCCGACCGUUCAGACUGUGACCUCUGGCCAGAAGCUCUACGAAAGUGCCUUUCGGAAGUGGCAAACACAGAAGUCGCGCUACGACUACGACAGGCACAUCCAUCAGAUGGGGAUUCAGAUGAACAUGCCUGUGGGGUUUCCUCAAGUCCGAACGGCAGAUCCUGGGCCAAAGCCGCAGCAAUCGGCUUUCAAGGACAAAAUUGAGAGUAAGCGCUGCGAAAUCACAUCCGGGCGCCUUUCCCGACGCCGCUUCACCCUCCUGGAGCGGACAAAGACGCUCUUGGAACAGGGUCAGGACCUUGGGAAUCUCAGUGCACCUCCGCUGGACAUCUUCUACUGGCACCGGCUAGUGGUGGACGAGCUGCACGAACCGCUUAGGAUGCUUCGGGAUGCUGCCGGUCUACGCCAGAGUGGGCAGGUGAUGAGCUUCAAGGCAUUGUGCGGCGACUCUCGGGUUCUGUUCCACAACCUUGAGGGUCUUGAAGCGCGCAGCCGCUGGGGGCUCACAGCAACACCACCUACGGGCACUGCUGCGGAGAUCUCCUUUCUGGCACGAUUCCAUCGCGUGUUUGUGCCUCGGGAUAGUGACCUUGAAGCGCAGCAUUACCUGGAUGAGUACCUUCGCUCAAACGGUCUGGAUUUGUCGGGCAUUCCGCUGACAUACCAUCUUAUACCCGUUCGUGCCACAGGCGGCGAGAGAGCCCUGUACCUCAAUGCGUGCUUUGACAAGAGCAACUUCCAGGCACUGCUACAACUGUGCAACUACUUCUCGCCGGAUGGGACCGACGCCGACAUGGCUUCGGCCAUAAACUCCACGCGGGAAGACAACCGAAGGGCCUUGGACAAUCAUCGCUCUGACAUGCAGAAGUCUGAAGAUGAAAUUCAUCGACUCCAAACCGAAGAGUGUGCUGGCUUCCCGUCUGCCCGGGAUGAUGAGGACAUCAAAAAGCGCAAGGCAAAGCUGUCUCGGCUGCUGGCUGCCCAGCCUUCACAGCGUGAGAGGGAGCGUCGGCUGGAAAGCCGGGUCAAGUAUUUCGAGGAAGUCCUGCAGCACCUGGAGAAGUUGGAGCAGGAUGAACUUGACUGCCCGAUCUGCAUGUGCACCAUCGAGACAACCGAUUGUCACGUCACCAGCUGCGGCCACCUAUUCUGCAAAGAAUGCAUCACCAGCUGGGUGAAACAGCGGGGCAAAUGCGCGAUGUGCAACGCGGCGCUGCAACUACCUGGCGGCGUGACAUCUGCGGAAGAUGUGAUCUCUCGCCAGAAGGAAGCUACCACCAAGGGACGCAUCGCGCGCUUCGGCUCCAAAAUCGAGGCUGUGUGCACCCAGCUCAACAGCAUUUGGAGCGGCGAACCUGGCGCAAAGGUGAUCAUCUUUGUUCAAUUUGAGGUCUUGCUGAAGAAGAUGGAGCAUGCCCUCGCAGAGCUGGAUCUACCCUGCCUGACCUUAAGAGGGACCGUCUUCGAGCGGCGGAGAGUGAUUCGGCGCUUCCAUGCCGAAGGGCAAGAGAACCAAAUCCUGCUGCUUUCACUGGAGCGAAGUCCAUCUGGCAUGAACCUGGUCUGCUGCCACCACUUGCUCCUGGUGCACCCUAUGGCUGCAGAAACUCGUGAUGCUGCCUUGAGCUUCGAGCGCCAGGCAAUCGGCCGGGUACGACGCCAGGGCCAGAAGAACAAUGUUCAUGUGUAUCGGUUCUUCGUGCGUGAAACGAUGGAGGAGGAGAUGGUGCGUAAGCACCACGAGGAGUUGCUUCAUGGCAAAGAGGCGGCAGCCAGCAGUGAGAUGCCGAGGGCUGACACACAAGCUUCCUGA